AUGUCCGCCGCCUACCCGGUAGGCACCUUUGUUCCAAGCAGAUUCGAUGGAGGGCUGGUGGCUGCCUCGUACUUUGCCAGUCUUUGUGGGUGUCUUCUUACCAUUGAAAUCCUUCAUCGUCGAGGCACAUCAAUCAAAAGCUUGAGGAGCUGGCUCGAGAGUUUUACCUGUGCAACAUCCAUGGGCUUGGUCGGUGUCUGGUGUAUGCACUUUAUUGGGAAUCGUGCCAUUAUUCUCGGGGAUAUCAAAGCCAACGUUGAGCAACUCUCCUACGGUGUUGGCUUUACCACCUUGUCAGUCUUACUGCCUGUGAUGGGCCUCACGGUCGCCUUUUCCACCGCCGAAUUGACGUCGAGCUCUACAACGAUACGCUGGAUCUCACUUGUAUGCGCGGGAACUUUUGCAGGGCUUUCGGUUGUUGGCAUGCAUUACGUUGGCAACCUUGGUGUUCGAAACUACCAUCUCAUCUACAGCAAAAUGUACAUCCUGGCAUCGGUUUUGAUCGCGGUGGGAGAUUGUCUUGCAGUCUUGGUUCUGUUUUACCAGCUACGAGAGCAGUGGAUCAACCUGUGGUGGCGACGCUUUAUGUGUGCGGUGCUUCUUGCUGGCGGCGUGUCGAGUAUGCAUUUUGUUGGAUCUACCAAUUGCAGAUAUGUGUAUGUGAGGUCCGCGGGACCAAAUGCCAAUGGAUCCAGGAACGUUCAAGUCAUUGUUGCUGGAGCACUGUGUGGAGCAACUGCUUUGGUCAUCUUGAUUGGGUUGAUUCUUAUCCGUCGGCAUGACCGUCACACGCAACGUCGGUCUCAAAAAGUUAUGCUCUCGUGUGCGAUGUUUUGUCCGGAAGGAAAAGUUUUGGUCACUCCAGAAGGAAUUCUGCCUGCACGAGAGAUUACGGACAAGUUCAAUCACCGCACUUUUGACGAGGAAUUCGACACGGCACACCCGGUAUUCCAAUGGAUAUUUCGAGUCAGCCGUAACUGGGCCGGAGUGAUGGACCUUAUACCAAAGAUGAAAAGUCACCUUGGAGCACAGAGGAAUGGCGGUGUUGAUGAUUCUCGGCUCACCAGCUCACAAUCAAGUGCAAUCUACGACACUGAGACAUACCACGACUAUGAAGUCAUCUUCCGAGAAAUGUUUUGCGUAGCUGCUGCUUCAAUAGCCGCCUCGAUUCAUAUGCCAAUGGACAAGCUCGGGGUGAUUUACGACAAGAUCAUUGAGACUGGAACAUUGACAUGUGAGGAAAAGACGAGCCGGCGGUUCCGGACCAGGAGGAGGUCGCUAGUGGAUGUUGAAGCUGCACUGAGGCAGAGCGUUUUCGGCAAAGGUCAGCUCAUGCUCCUCACCCGUAUGUUGACGACAGAUGAGGUGCAUAAGCUGGAGAACGGGGGCUUCAAGUUUGCGUUUGUUGACCAUGUCGGUCGAAGCAUUGCCCACGCGAUGCAGAUCCCGCAGCGCACGCUGGAAGCGCACUUUWUCAGACUGAGGCGCUAUGCGGAUGAUGCUCGACGGGAAGAGAAGUCUGGAACGUGGUUGAGUUGCUUUGCGAUGAUUCCAAAGCCGAAUGGAAAAGGCUUCGAUGUUGCAGUGAAGAAGGAUUCUCCAGAUCAACUCCCUGAUGUCGCACUACUCCCCGGGCAGCCGACACCCGAGCAGGCUGCAACGUUGGAUCAGCUGGAUGGGCUUCGAGUCAGCCAGAUUGCAGCAAAGUUUGACGAUCCGAAUGGAAUGUAUGGCUCUCAUCUGGAUAAUGAAGCCCGGCGAUUCGUGGAUACAUUCCACCAGUCCAUGUUGAGUCUGAUGCUUGCCUUGCCAAAGGAAUGGACCAGCGAGGCUCGAUUCUGGUCGAAACGACUCACUCCACAUUACUGCCGUUCCCCAACGACCUUGUACGCAUUCACCGUCAUGGGGAAUAUGCAUACUCAUCUCCCACACGACAGUGAUUUAAGCCGUGUUCCCAGAACCUUUUUCGAGACUCGCCAUCGAUGUUAUCCCGGAUCUCCCGAUCAUGCCCUACUGGCCAAAGAAAUUCAUGCCAUGUUCGCGCCAAUAUUCGCCCGCAAGAUUGCGAAAUCUCGCCCUGUCAACCGACUGCACAAGCUCUCGAAUGCUAUUGGAGGGAGAAUCUCACCCAUUGCUAAGCUUUCCACCUCUGGGCGAACCAGCUCCAGCUCAGAGGAAAGUAUGGUGGAGAGGGAAGAGGGCGAACAUGUAGAUCAUGCGAGAGCAGCAGAGAAAAAGUACGAGAACAAUAAUCUCGGGGGGAUACUUGUUGACACCAAGACGAUGGUCAAGACGGAUAGCAAGGUUACAACUCCUUUUGAUAGCUCGGAACCCACGAAGCAUCUGGGGAGUAUUGUGGCUGUUGGGGUUGUGAAGCCUGAGAGGACUUUUGCCGAUGAGCUUGUUGGGAUUACAAGGGCGAGGUUUAUGCCUGCUUCGACUAGGUCGACUUCCUAUUGA